UAUCCUAGUUCCCAAACAGACCCACUAUCGAAGAUCGUAAAUCCUUAAUCUGGAGCGCAGAGGGAGAGUGUAAAAAGUGAGGGAUAGAGUGAGAGAGAUGUUACAGUUCCCGGCGUUCAUGAGGCAAUACCCAUCGUCGACGAGGACGAUACCUUCUUCGUUUUUGCUUCCAUCUCAGUGGCCGCAACCUCACAGUGAAGAAUUCCUUAUCGCCUUGGAAGAAUCGGAAUUCGAAGACAAGUGCAAUGAAAUCAGGAAAAUCAACAGCAACCUGAUUGUGAUUGGGAAAACCACUGUUGAUAAUGAUAAGGAAGACUUUGAUAAUGAUGCAGAUGAUGAUGAUGCUGAUCACGGAGAUGAAUCUGAGGGUGAGGAGUUUGAGCAAGAAACUGCUUGAAGAUGUUGUGCAUUGUUCCUCUUUUCUCUUUGUUUUUUCCUUUUUGAAUAUUGUUAUGUUGUGGCAUCGUAUUUCAUGCGCCCAUGCCGCGUUAUCUGCCUGAACUGAUGUCAGUUA